CGAACCCGCAUCGUCUCCGGAGCUGCCUGACUGAGAUUUUCUGCUUCGGCGCCCACCGAAGAACCGACCGAGGCGAAAGAGGAAUCAUGGCGGACAAGGCAGUGACCAUUAGGACCCGCAAGUUCAUGACCAACAGGCUUCUCUCCAGGAAGCAGUUCGUCAUUGAUGUGCUUCAUCCCGGAAGACCCAAUGUCUCCAAGGCAGAGCUGAAGGAAAAGCUUGGGAGGAUGUACGACGUGAAGGACCCAAACUCAAUCUUUGUGUUCAAGUUCCGGACUCAUUUUGGAGGCGGGAAAUCUACUGGCUUUGGUUUGAUAUAUGAUUCAGUUGAGACUGCCAAGAAGUAUGAGCCCAAGUACAGACUCAUCAGGAAUGGACUCGAUACCAAGGUAGAGAAGUCGAGGAAGCAAAUGAAGGAAAGGAAGAACAGAACCAAGAAGAUUCGAGGAGUGAAGAAGACUAAAGCCGGUGAUGCUGCCAAAGCAGGGAAGAAGAAGUGAGGGUCUAAAGUCUUGUUGAUUCUGAAGCAGGGGAUGGUAGUCUAUUUCAAUCUUGUUAGGUAGCUAUGGAGUGAAUUGUUUGUUUCUGCUGUUUUUAACCUGGUGUUUAAGUCGGUUUACGAAUUUUGACUGUACUGUGGAGUACGAAAGCUUUAGGAAACAGAGAUCGAGCUGCUUUGAGGGAUCGUUCUUGAUCUUGUUAAAAGAGAUUUAGAAAUCAAAGCUCAUGUAUUUUUUGGUCUUCGGCAAGGGACUCCCCUCGUAUCUUUGCUCUUUUGGCUAUAAAAUUUUGUCACAUUCUUCA